AUGCCAUUACCAACCUCAAUCCCGUCAUUUGAUGAGCUCCCAUUGCAAAAAGGGGACCCAAUUCACUCAGCAUGGGGUCUUUGGGGCACGGGGCCGGAAAGCGCUCUAGGAAGCCUCAAUUACCUGACCGAUGAGCUCGUGCUUAAGACAAUGAAGGAAGAGGUGAGGACAGGCGAACGUGUUGGUCUGAACCUCCCCCUGGACCUUGUUAAUCCGCCUCUUCUUGGCCGUGUCGGUUUUGAGCAGAAAGUGAUUGACAAGCACCCGCGCGUCAUCAACGACGAUGUGAUCACCUUUAAUACUCAAGGUAGUUCGCAGUGGGACAGUCUCCGCCACUUCGCCUAUCAAGGUGACAAAAAGUUUUAUAAUGGGACUACUCAAGAACAAAUCCACGCAUCUCCUCGGACCGAAAUCAACAGCUUGCAGUCUUGGACCACGAGAAACCUCGCAGGCCGAGGCGUUCUCAUAGAUUAUGCUAGAUACGCGAAGCUACAUGGCAUCUCCUACGAAGCCUUCUCCGCACACCCCAUCACCGUCGAAGACAUUGAGGCCAUUGCUUCUGAACAGGGCGUCAAGUUCGCCGUGGGAGACGUGCUGUUCGUCCGUACCGGCUAUGUGGCUUCAUACAAGGCAGCCGACCAAACCAGGCGCGAGCUGGCGGCCCAAGGAAGAUGGGUUGGUGUGAGGCAAGGUCAAGCAACACUUGAGUGGCUGUGGAAGAAGCAGUUUGCGGCCCUCGCAAGUGACUGCCCCGGCUUCGAAAUGAUUCCACAUGCUGAGGGUGAGGGAAUGCUCCAUCCAGUUGUGCUAUCAGGCUGGGGAACACCACUCGGGGAACUGUUUGAUCUAGAGGCGCUGGCGGUUUUGGCAGAGAAGCAUAAUAGGUGGUCCUUCUUCUUUACGUCCUCGCCCUUGAACUACACUGGAGCCGUGGCAUCCCCGCCGAAUGCGACCGCAAUCAUGUAG